AUGAAAACUACAUGCGUCACAAUCUUGUUUUGGCCCCUCUCUAUGCUAUUAUCAGAUGAAAGCCAGUCUUCUCAAACAGAAGUCAAAUGUAAUUUCACCAAAAAGAAUUAUUCUUUGAUUCCAGCAGAUAUCAAUAAAAAUGUUACUAUACUUGAUCUCAGUUACAACCAAAUUACUUUGAAUAUUACAGACACCAGGGUUCUACAAACAUAUUUUUUACUCACUGAACUCUAUUUGACUGAGAACAAUGUCACUAUGUUAUAUAAUAAUGGCUUUGGUAACCUCUCCAAUCUAGAAAUUUUAAAUAUCUGUAGAAACUCCAUCCACGUAAUUGAACAGGGUGCGUUCAUGGGCUUAAAUAAACUAAAACAGUUACAUCUCUGUCAAAACAAAAUAUUUCAACUGAAUCCUGAUGUACUUGUGCCUCUAAAAAACCUGAUACUUCUGAAUCUGCAAGGCAAUUUCAUAAGCUAUUUUGAUGUACCACAACUGUUUCAUCUGGAAUUAAUAAUUUUAUAUGGAAAUCCAUGGAACUGCUCUUGCAGUCUACUGAAUUUGCAGAACUGGUUGAACACAUCAAAUGUGACACUAGAAAAUGAGAACAUCACCACGUGCACCUACCCAGAUAUCCUGAUGUACUACAGUAUCAAAACAGUACCUUAUAAUGCUGAGUGCUAUUCAAAAUUUCCUCCACCUAUAAAUGAAGAUCUUUAUAACCAUUUUCAGUCCAUUAGCAACUCAACAUUUAAUAGCUCUUUGAACAACUUAAAAAACUCAGAACAUAAACUUGGAAAAAGCUGGGCUUUUCUUGUUGGUGUGGUAGUCACUGUACUGAUGACUUCAUUCCUCAUUUUUGUUGCUAUGAAAUGCCCAAUAUGGUAUAAUUUUCUGCUUAGUUACAAUCAUCACCACCUGGAAGAGCAUGAAGCAGAAGCCUAUGAAGAUGGUUUUACUGGAAAUUCAAGUUCUCCUUCACAGGCCCCAGAUACAAACUCUGAAGAAACUACAGUAAUAUUUGAACAACUACAUUCAUUUGUGAUAGAUGACGAUGGGUUUAUUGAAGACAAAUAUAUAGAUACACAUGAAUUACAUGAAGAAAAUGAA